AUGUACACCAGCAGCCUGGCCACCCUUACCAAAUACCCCGAGUCAAGAAUCGGAAGACUUUUUGAUGGUACAGAGCACAUUGUUUUGGACAGUCUCAAACAGCACUAUUUCAUUGACAGAGAUGGACAGAUGUUCAGAUAUAUCUUGAAUUUUCUACGAACAUCAAAACUCCUCAUUCCUGAUGAUUUCAAGGACUACACUUUGUUAUAUGAAGAGGCAAAAUAUUUUCAGCUUCAGCCCAUGCUGUUGGAGAUGGAAAGAUGGAAGCAGGACAGAGAAAGUGGUCGCUUUUCAAGGCCCUGCGAGUGCCUCGUGGUGCGUGUGGCCCCAGACCUCGGAGAGAGGAUCACACUCAGCAGAGACAAACCCUUGAUAGAAGAAGUGUUCCCAGAGAUCGGCGACGUGAUGUGCAACUCCGUCAAUGCGGGCUGGAAUCACGACUCGACGCACAUCAUCAGGUUUCCACUGAAUGGCUACUGUCACCUCAACUCAGUCCAGGUCCUCGAGAGGUUGCAGCAAAGAGGAUUUGAAGUCGUGGGCUCCUGUGCGGGAGGCGUGGACUCAUCUCAGUUCAGCGAAUACGUCCUGCGGCGGGAACUGAGGAGGACGCCCCGUGGACCCUCUGUCAUCCGGAUAAAGCAAGAGCCUCUGGACAUAUUUCUUCUGCCAAAAGGAGAAAAACAUACACCACAAAUAACGCAAACACAAAAAGGGACAUUUAUGUGCAGUUGGGACAGCAAACCGAGUCCUGGACCUAAAGUUGAAUAA